GCCGCGGCGCUGCCCGGCCGCCCCUACGCGGCGGGGACCGGAGGAGACUAGAGGCGACUCUGCGAGGAGCCCGGUAGCUUCAGCAACCCCAGAGACCCAAGUCCGGCGCGGGCUCUUGAGGAGGAAUUGACAACAUGGCUUCCCCACCGCACCAGCAGCUGCUGCAUCACCACAGCACCGAGGUGAGCUGCGACUCCAGCGGGGACAGCAACAGCGUGACGGUGAAAAUCAACCCCAAGCAGCACCAGGGCUGCACCUCUUCCAAGCACUGCAAGUACAGCAUCUCCUCCAGCUGCAGUUCGGGAGAGUCGGGGGGCACCCGCCGAGCCGGCGGAGCGGGCGGUAGUGGCUCCGGCCUCCGCCGGCAGAAGAAGCUGCCGCAGCUCUUCGAGAGGGCCUCUUCCAAGUGGUGGAACCCCAAGUUCGACUCCAACAACCUGGAGGAGGCUUGCAUGGAGAGAUGCUUCCCGCAGACCCAGCGCAGGUUUCGCUAUGCCCUCUUCUACAUCGGCGUGGCCUGUCUGCUCUGGGGCAUCUACUUCGGCAUACACAUGAGAGAGAAACAAAUUGUUUUCAUGGUGCCGGCUCUGUGCUUCCUCCUGGUAUGUGUAGCUUUUUUUGUGUUCACUUUCACUAAGACUUAUGCCCGCCAUUAUGUAUGGACUUCGCUGAUCCUCACCCUCCUGGUGUUUGCUCUGACCCUCGCUCCGCAGUUCCAGGCUCUGAAGCCUGUCUCAGGAAGUGGUGACAUGUCCAACCGGACUCCCCCGGCAGAUCCCACAGACACUUGUCUUUCUCAAGUGGGCAGUUUUUCUAUGUGUAUUGAAGUGCUCUUGUUGCUUUACACAGUGAUGCACUUACCCCUGUAUUUAAGCUUGUUUCUGGGGCUGUCGUACUCGGUCCUCUUUGAGACCUUUGGUUAUCACUUCCGUGAUGAGAACUGUUUCACACCUCUGGGAGCUGGUGCGGUUUACUGGGAGCUGUUGAGUAAAGCCUUCCUGCACAUCUGCAUCCAUGCCAUUGGUAUUCAUUUAUUUAUCAUGUCCGAAGUCAGAUCAAGAAGCACAUUCCUGAAAGUGGGGCAAUCCAUCAUGCACGGAAAAGACCUGGAAGUGGAAAAAGCCCUGAAAGAGAGGAUGAUUCAUUCUGUUAUGCCAAGAAUAAUAGCUGAUGACUUAAUGAAGCAAGGGGAUGAUGAAAGUGAAAACUCCAUCAAACGUCAUUCCACCUCGAGCCCCAAAAACAGGAAGAAGAAGCCUUCCAUACAGAAAACCCCCAUAAUAUUCCGUCCUUUUAAAAUGCAGCAGAUAGAGCAAGUGAGCAUUUUGUUUGCAGAUAUUGUUGGCUUCACGAAAAUGAGUGCCAACAAAUCAGCCCACGCCCUGGUGGGACUCCUGAACGACCUCUUUGGACGCUUUGACCGUCUGUGUGAGGACACUAAAUGUGAGAAGAUCAGCACUUUGGGAGACUGUUACUACUGCGUGGCUGGCUGCCCUGAGCCCCGGGCAGAUCAUGCCUACUGCUGCAUCGAGAUGGGCUUGGGGAUGAUCAAAGCCAUCGAGCAGUUCUGCCAGGAAAAGAAAGAAAUGGUGAACAUGAGAGUUGGUGUUCACACCGGGACAGUCCUGUGUGGCAUUUUGGGAAUGAGAAGGUUCAAGUUUGAUGUGUGGUCCAAUGAUGUCAAUUUGGCCAAUCUGAUGGAGCAGCUCGGGGUGGCUGGGAAGGUCCAUAUUUCGGAAGCUACUGCCAAAUAUUUGGAUGAUCGUUAUGAAAUGGAGGAUGGAAAGGUGAUUGAGCGCGUCGGUCAGAGCGUGGUAGCCGACCAGUUAAAAGGUUUAAAGACCUAUCUGAUCUCAGGUCAGAAGGUGAAGGAGCCCCACUGCAGCUGUUCUCAAGCGUUGCUUCCUGGCUUGGAGUCCUCAGACGGAGCCAGAACACCGGGAACGUCGUCAGCCGAGAACUCCAGCGACCCAACCAAGACAACCAAACAGGUGGAAAAGCCCAAGCCUUGCCCUUCAUGUAGUACCACCCUUGCUCCCCACUGCGAUGUCAGCAUAGAUGAAGGAGCUAUCCAAAAUGGUUGUCAGGAUGAGCAUAAAAACAGUAUGAAGGCUCCAGGAGGACACAGUCCAAAGACUCAGAAUGGACUUCUGAGUCCUCCCCAGGAGGAGAAGCUCAGCAACAGCCAAACCUCGCUGUAUGAAAUGCUGCAGGAGAAGGGGCGCUGGGGCGGAGUGAGCCUGGAUCAGUCAGCUCUGCUCCCUCUGAGGUUCAAAAACAUCAGAGAAAAGACAGAUGCCCACUUUGUGGAUGUGAUUAAAGAAGACAGCCUCAUGAAAGAUUACUUCUUUAAACCACCUAUUAACAAGUUGAGCCUCAACUUUUUGGACCAGGAUUUGGAGAUGGCCUACAGGACAAGCUACCAGGAAGAGGUUAUAAGGAAUGCUCCAGUGAAGACAUUUGCCAGUGCUACCUUCAGCUCACUCCUGGACGUGUUCCUGUCCACCACAGUCUUCCUCAUCCUCUCCAUCACCUGUUUCCUGAAGCACGGAAUGGUCGCGUCCCCUCCGCCACCUGCGGCCGUCGUGGUGUUUGUCAUCGCCAUCCUGCUGGAAGUGCUGUCCCUUGUCAUCUCCAUCAGGAUGGCGUUCUUCCUGGAGGAGGUGAUGACUUGCACCAAGCGUCUCCUGGAGGUGAUAUCUGGCUGGCUGCCUCGACACUUCUUCGGUGCAAUCCUGGUUUCUCUCCCAGCUCUUGCAGUUUUUUCACACUUCACCUCUGAUUUUGAAACAAAUAUACAUUACACCAUGUUCAUGUGUUGUGCCAUUCUCAUCACCAUUGUGCAGUACUGUAACUUCUGCCAGCUCAGCUCCUGGAUGAGAUCCCUGCUGGCAACCGUGGUGGGAGCAGUGCUGCUCAUCCUGCUCUACGUCUCCUUGUGCCCCACCAGCUCCAUGGAAGCUCCUCAUCUAGAUUUGGCACAGAACUUUAGCUCCAGAAAGAGCCCGUGCAACAGCUCGGUGCCGAGCGACGCGAAGCGUCCGGCGGAGCUGAUCGGCCAGGAGGUGGUUCUGGUGUCCUUCCUGCUGCUCCUGCUCGUCUGGUUCCUGAACCGCGAGUUCGAGGUCAGUUACCGGCUGCACUACCACGGGGACGUGGAGGCCGACCUGCACCGCACCAAGAUCCAGAGCAUGAGGGAUCAGGCUGACUGGCUGCUGAGGAAUAUCAUCCCCUACCACGUGGCCGAGCAGCUGAAGGUGUCCCAGAGCUAUUCCAAAAACCACGACAGCGGCGGGGUGAUCUUUGCCAGCAUCGUGAACUUCAGCGAGUUCUACGAGGAGAACUACGAGGGUGGCAAGGAGUGUUACCGAGUCCUGAACGAGCUCAUCGGGGACUUUGACGAGCUGCUGAGCAAACCCCACUACAGCAGCAUCGAGAAGAUCAAAACCAUCGGGGCCACCUACAUGGCGGCGUCGGGGCUGAACACCUCGCAGUGCCAGGACAGCAGCCAUCCCCACGGGCACCUGCAGACCCUUUUUGAAUUUGCCAAAGAAAUGAUGCGGGUGGUGGAUGACUUCAACAACAACAUGCUGUGGUUUAACUUUAAACUCCGGAUCGGCUUUAACCACGGCCCCCUCACGGCCGGGGUCAUCGGCACCACCAAGCUGUUGUAUGACAUUUGGGGGGACACUGUGAACAUCGCGAGCAGGAUGGACACCACCGGCGUCGAGUGCCGCAUCCAGGUGAGUGAGGAGAGCUACCGCAUCCUCAACAAGAUGGGGUAUGACUUUGACUACAGGGGGACGGUCAAUGUGAAGGGGAAGGGUCAGAUGAAGACCUACCUUUACCCCAAGUGCAUGGACAACGGGAUCGUGCCGCAUCACCAGUUGUCCAUAUCUCCAGACAUUCGGGUUCAAGUGGAUGGCAGCAUUGGGCGGUCUCCGACGGAUGAGAUUGCCAACCUGGUGCCUUCUGUACAGAAUUCUGAUAAGAUUGCCCAUGGCACAGAUAACUCAGAGGCCAAGGACAUCCUUCCUUCCGCCAAGAAGCUCCAGAAAGACGCGGCGAAGGCAGAGGAGAGGUGCAGGUUUGGCAAAGCCGUGGAGAAGGAUGACUGUGAGGAAGCAGGGACUGAGGAGGUCAAUGAACUGACAAAGCUAAAUAUCUCUAAGAGUGUAUGAUGAACUGUCAGAGUUGCAUGAAGUGCUCUGUCCAUAGAAACACACAGACUUUUGCAA